CAGCAAGACGAUAUGUUCAGGAAUUACAUGUCCAGAUCGCUACCAAAUCCAGUCUUUGCUCUCACCUGUACUGAAUGUCCACCUCUUUGUACGCGAGAUCUUUGCGCAUUCACUCUCAUUGGUUCGUUUCAGUACAUCUAUGAAUAAUGCACCUCACGUUGCGUAAUUUUCCAGUGAAGAUGAGACAGAUGGUGCAUACACCAACUUACUGACAACAACUCACAGGCAAACAAAACAGAGAAAUACAGCGAAAUGAUAGAGCUACGUGACCAAACGUAGUGUACGAAUGCACGGAAGCUGAACACUGCUCUUCUAAAAUGAUGAGGAAAUCAGCUGAGUGCUGACAGCGCCAUGGAUGAUCGAUGUCAACAUGUGAUUGAGGAUUUAUUCAGUGUUCAGUCAGUGGAAGCUCUGCACCUGUUUGCAUCUGGGAAAGGCUCUGGCCGCUGGGGAAGCCUUGCUGGACCUGGCCGUGCAGUUUCAGCACCAGUACCGACGACGGUAACGGCACAGCUGACGUAUUCUUAAAGCAGAGCAAAGCGAAGAUCUCACGCGAUGUCCUCGGCGGUGUUAGAGAAAUUGCUCAGAGGUCGUCUCUUUCAUGGCAGACAGUACCUCAUGAAGCAUAAAACUAUGAUCACAAUGGCACCCACUGAAAACUGUGAUGUUCUUAUGACAUUCCCAGACACCACAGAUGACCAUACACUGUUAUGGUUACUCAACCAAAUCCGGUUGGGAAUUCCACAAGUCAGAAUCCAGAUCCGGCAGCAUAAAUACACGCACACCUAUGCAUUCUUCAUUACCUCAACCUUUGAGAACUUGUUGCGUGGAGCUGAACAGAUGGGGAUGCAAAAGGCAGUGAAGCCACGCUACGGAGGCGGCACUCGCAGGUUUUCAUGUGAGGAGGAUGACAUCUAUGAAAACAUCGAGAGUGAGCUGUGUUUCUUCACAUCACAGGAGCGUCAGAGUAUUAUCAAAUAUUGGAUGGAUAAUCUGCGGGCGAAAUAUGGCGAGGCCCUUCAUAACAUUCACUUCCUGGAGGGCCAACCAAUCAUACCAGAGCUUAUAGCCAGGGGUGUGAUUCUUCAAAUGUUUCCUCUUCAUGAGCAGAGAAUCCUGAAUCAGCUGAUGACGUCCUGGGUUCAGGCAGUCUGCGAGAGGCAACCUCUAGAUGACGUGUGUGAUUAUUUUGGUGUGAAGAUUGGCAUGUACUUUGCUUGGUUGGGCUUUUACACCAACUCUAUGCUGUAUCCAGCAGUGAUUGGCUUUCUGCUCUGGAUCUUUGCUGAGUCUGAUCAGACAAGUCAGGAUAUCUGCUGUGUGGUGUUUGCCAUUUUCAAUGUGGUGUGGGCAACGCUCUUCCUGGAGAGAUGGAAGCGGCGGGAAGCAGAACUGGCAUAUAAGUGGGGAACGCUGGACACCCCAGCAGAGUCACUAGAGGAACCCCGUCCACAGUUUCGGGGAAUUAAGCGUCGCAGUCCGGUGACUGGCUGUGAAGAGUUUUUCUACCCACCCUGGAAGAGGAGAAUGUUCCGCUGGUUGGUCAGCUUUCCCAUCUGCAUCCUUUGUCUCUGCUUUGUCUGUUUGGCCAUGUUUAUCUGCCUGGAGUUUCAAGAAUUUGUCAUUGAAACAAAGGAGUUGCCAAGCAUAUGUAGAUUUUUCCCAAAAAUUCUUCUAGCUGUAACCGUUACUGUAUGUGAUGAAGUGUACAAGAAAAUUGCUCUCUGGCUCAAUGAUAUGGAAAAUUACAGACUUCAAAGCACUUAUGACAAUAAUCUCAUCCUCAAGACUGUUUUUUUUCAGUUCGUAAAUUCCUACCUCAGCCUUUUCUACAUUGGAUUUUAUCUCAAAGACAUGGAGCGGUUAAAAGAGAUGCUGGCCACGUUGUUGAUCUUCCGCCAGUUUCUACAAAAUAUCAAAGAAGUGUUACAGCCGUAUCUCUAUGAGCACCAUAAAUUAGGUGCUCUGAGGACAUUGUGGGACUUAAUUCAAUCCAUGUUCCUGAACUAUAGUCAUUUAAUAGUGGAAAGAAUACGACUGACUUGCCAAGCCAGUCUGGAUGUGAAUAAAAGUGUCUCACCUCCAGAGCAAUCAGAAAAGAGAGAAAGGAGGAGUUUAAUCGCCAGCUACAGAGUUCCCAAAACAGAGGAAGGGGAUGAUGAUGCUGGACUAAAGCAAAGGAAGGUCAGCUUCACCGAAAAGGUGGAAUACAAAGACAAGGUUGUGGAAGCACCGACACAGGCCAACUUACAGGACGAUGGCAGUCCUACCCUUGUGGAGAAAGGAAUGGAUCCAUCCUUAAUAUUUGAUGUACGUGAUGAUGACGACGACGAUGAUGAUAGAGACACUGAUGAUUCUGUGAGUAAACCUAAAGGAACUCAGAGAAGAAAGAUCCAAUCUUCUGGGGAAAACAACAGUACGGAAAAGAAAAUGUCCUGGAUGGACCCUCCAGAGGAGAACGAAUCCACUGUUUUGACCCAACCAGAGAUUGAAAGUUGCAUGCUAACUUAUGAGGAUACUCUUCAGGAUUACCAGGAGAUGUUCAUACAGUUUGGCUACGUUGUGCUCUUCUCUUCUGCAUUUCCUCUGGCAGCAAUGUGUGCCCUCAUAAACAACAUUGUAGAAAUCCGAAGCGAUGCCUUAAAACUUUGCACAGGCCUCCAGAGACCCUUUGGGCAAAGGGUUGAAAACAUUGGACAAUGGCAGAUCGCAAUGGAGGCAAUGGGUCUGAUCGCAAUAAUUGUGAACUGUUACCUUAUUGGCCAGUGUGGACAGCUGCAACGACUCUUCCCCUGGUUGAGCCCCGAGACGGCCAUCAUCUCUGUUGUAGUGCUAGAGCACUUCGCCAUUCUGCUCAAAUAUAUAAUUCAUGUUGCAAUUCCUGAUAUUCCAAACUGGGUGGCAGAUGAGAUGGCCAAACUUGAAUACCAGCGGAGAGAAGCUCUAAAGAAACAUGAACGCCUUGCACAGCAGCACCAGCAGCAGCAAAGGAGGAAGAAUGAAGAAGAAGAGGAGCAUCAAAAAAUGGCCGAGGAAUUGGCACGACAAGAUCAAGACAAGUCCGAUCUGCAUGGAGGUGAAGAACAUCCCCGUGAAAAAAGCCCAGGGGCCAAGUUCAGCUCGGGAGAUAAACUCAAAAGACCCAGCUCCCUUUUAGGCAACAAUAAUGUAAUGAAACUUAAACACAUAAUCCCACUCCAGGGUAAAUUCACCUCUACCACUUCUCCCACAAGCGGCGAGGCCAAACUUCCCGGUUUUCUAAAGUUCCUCAAAUCCCAAGAGUUAAAAAAGGAAGCCGCUGCUGCAGUCACACAAGCAGCUUCACAUGGGAGCCACGAGAAAUCACAGUCUCCCAGCAAGUCCUUCAAUCCAGGCAAACUCUUCAACUUCGGGAAGGAAAAUCCAUGUACUGGUGCUGAACAAGGGAAACCAGAAGAUGCCUCAAGGGCCACUAAUGCACAACAAACAAAUAAUGACCAAAACCCUUCAUCAGAAGAGCUUCCAUCUGAGGUUGAAAAGGGUGAUGGCUCAGACUUUGGUACUAAUCCUUCAAAAAAACAGUGAAUUAAAUGUUGAUUCUACUCAGUUAAUAUAUAGCACUGAUUGUAAUGCUUAACAUUUGCUUAAAUGUGAUAAAGCAACCAUGUAGUGAGUUGGAACUGCAUGUCAGAAAUCAUUUUAAUACAAUAUAUUAAUCUGAGACCUCCAUAUAUAAUUUACUCACCGAAGGCGGCAUGCUAAGUCACCUGCAUGAUAAAAUCAGUUUAGGCAUGGGCUAGCAAGAAAAGACGUUUGAAUGAGCACUGUAAAAUGUAUAGAUUUUUCUAUUUUUCUAUGCAUUAUUAUUAUUUUUCUUAUGAUACAGUAAAUAUGACAAUCUAAAAAUAAUGCAUUGUCCUUGCUAAUUUUGAUCUUAUGAGUGUGAAUCCACAAUGCAAUAAAAUGAAAUUACUGCGAAAAUAAAUGAAAAAAAAUUGAAUAUCA